AGACAGAACAGCUCUUUUGUUACAAUAAAUUGCAAUUAUUGUUCCCCUUUUUCCUCUCCUGGAACAAAGCAAACAAGCUGAGAAUGGAUUCGUCUCAGGGAAGCUUAGCUGCUACUAUUACACUACAAAAGAUUGUAAUUCCUAACAGCAACAACGAGAAGCUGGUGGGUCUGCUUCAUGAAACCGGUUCUACUGACAUUGUGGUCUUGUGCCACGGCUGUCUAUCAAACAAGAAUGACCCAAUCAUCAAAUAUGUUGCUGCUGCUAUAGAAAAAGAAGGGAUCAGCGCUUUCCGUUUUGAUUUCUCUGGGAAUGGAGAGAGUGAAGGCAGUUUCUAUUUUGGUAACUACAACUAUGAAGCUGAUGAUCUACGUUCUGUUAUCCAAUACUUCACUAACAUGAACCGUGUGGUUCCUAUCAUUCUUGGCCACAGUAAAGGUGGUAAUGUAGUCCUUGUUUAUGCCUCCAAGUAUCACGAUAUCCGCAAUGUAAUCAAUCUCACUGGAUAUUCUGAUCUGAAGAAAGACUUAGUAAGGCGUCUUGGGGAAAAUUAUUUGGAAAGAAUUGAGCAACAAGGAUACAUUGAUGCUAGGGAAGAAUGGCGUAAUAUAAAGGUUAUCGACUAUCGUGUUACCAAGGAGAGCUUAAUGGAAAGGUUAAACACUAAUAUGCAUGAAGUUUGCCACAAGAUUGACAAAGAAUGCAAGGUCUUGACGGUUCAUGGAUCGGCUGACGAGGUAAUACCUCUGGAAGAUGCCAAGGCGUUUGAGAAGAUCAUACCCAACCACAAGCUGGAGAUUGUGGAAGGAGCUGAUCAUUGUUAUAACGAACAUCUAAGUCAGCUAGCUACAACAGUUAUGGAGUUUAUAAAGACAGCCAUUGUGAACAACUAGUAUUUUGUUCUCUCUCUCUGAGUUAUAAUAAUGUUCCUGAUGCCAUAAAACAUAAAUUUUCCAAA